GUUCUUUUUGUUAAUGAAUGCAAUGCCGUUCUCUUCAAGUUAUCAUUCCCAGCAUAGUAGACCAUAAGAUUGUCUACUUCAAAUGGCCAGUACUAGUCCAUUUCAGAUAACUAAUACCUAAGAUUAUCUAUCUUUAAGCGCUCCAUUUCAUUUUUGAUGACUUUCAAUUUUCCUUGAUUCAUAUUUCAUACAUUCCACGUCUCAGUUAUUAAUUGAUUCUUGCAACUGUUUCUUCUCAUUUUGAGUGGUGCCACAUACGCAAAUGAAGGUCCCAAAAGCUUGAUUCCAUCCAAGUCAUUAAGGUCAACUCUACUUUGAGGAGGCAGCUCUUCCCCAGUCAUCUUUUGAGUGCCUUCCAACCUGGGGGGCUCAUCUUCCAGCGCUAUAACAGACAAUGUUCCGCUGCUAUUCAUGAGGUUUUCACUGGCUAAUCUCUUUCAGAAGUAGACUGUCGGGUCCUUCUUCCUAGUCUGUCUUAGUCUGGAAGCUCAGCUGAAACCUGUCUACCAAGGGUGACCCUGCUGCUGUUAUUUGAAAUACCAGUGGCAUAGCUUUCAGCAUAACAGCAACACAUUUCAGGAGGUAGUAUAUGAUCAAGAACUGACAGUACUGAAGGAAGACAUCCAAGCUGCACUGAAGGCAUUGGCGAAAAACAAGACUCCAGGAAUUGACGGUUUACAAAUUGAGAUGUUUGAACAAACAGAUGCAGCAGUGGGGGUGCUUACUCAUCUAUGCCAAGAAACAUGGAAGACAGCUACCUAGCUAACUGACUGGAAGACAGCCACAUUUGCGCCUGUUCCCAAGAAAGGUGAUCUAACCAAAUGUGGAAAUUAUAGAACAAUAUCAUUAAUAUCACACCCAAGUAAAAUUUUGCUGAAGAUAAUUCAAAAACAGGUGCUGCAGUACAUCGACAGGAACUGCCAGAAAUUCAAGCUAAAUUCAGAAGAGGACAUAGCAUGAGGGAUAUCAUUGCUGAUGUCAGAUGGAUAUUGGCUGAAAGUAGAGAAUACCAGAAAACGUUUACCUGUGUUUUAUUGACUAUGCAAAGGCAUAACAAAUUAUGGAUGACGUUGCAAAGAAUGGGAAUUCCAGAACACUUGAUUGUGCUCAUGUGGAACCUGUACAUAGACCAAGAGGCAGUCAUUUGAAAAGAAUAGGGGGCUACUGCGUGGUUUAAAGUCAAGACAGGUGUGCAUGAGGGUUGUAUCCUUUCACCAUAUUUAUUCAAUUUGUAUGCUGAGCAAGUAGUCUGAGAAGCUGGACAACAUGAAGAAGAACGUGACAUCAGGAUUGGAGGAAUACUCAUUAACAACCUGCGAUAUGCAGAUGACACAACCUUGCUUACUGAAAGUGAAGAGGACUUGAAACACUGAUGAAGAUCAAAGACUACAGCCUUCAGUAUGGAUUAUACCUCAAUGUAAAGAAAACAGAAAUCCUCACACUGGACCAAUAAGCAACAUCAUGAUAAACAGAGAAAAGACUGAAGUUGUUAAGGAUUUCAUUUUACUUGGUUCCACAAUCAAUGCCCAUGGAAACAGCAGUUAGUAAAUCAAAGGACGUAUUGCAUUGGACAGAUCUGCUGCAGAAGACCUCUUUAAAGUGUUGAAAAGCAAAGAUGUCAGUUUGAGGACUAAGGUUCGUCAGAUGCAAGCCAUGGUGUUUUCAGUUGCCUCAUAUGCACGUGAAAACUGGACGAUGAAUAAGGAAGACCGAAGAAGAAUUGAUACUUCUGAAUUAUGGUGUUGAUGAAGGAUAUCGAAUAUACCAUGGACUGCCAGAAGAACGAACAAGUCUGUUUUUGAAUAAAUACAGCCAGAGUGCUCCUUCGAAGCCAGGAUGGAAAAGACCAAAGUUGUGGAGCCCCUGGACUAUGAGAAUGUUGUCACCCAAAGAAAAACCCAGAUUUACAGUGACCCUCUCAGAGACCUGCUUAUGUUUCCAAUGGAAGAUAUAUCUAUCUCGGUGAUAAGUCGGCAGCGUAGAACAAUGCAGUCUACGGUACCAGAAGAUGCUGAGAAAAGAGCCCAGAGUUUGUUUGUCAAAGAGUGUAUUAAAACCUACAGCACAGAUUGGCAUGUGGUAAACUACAAGUACGAAGAAUUCUCCGGGGACUUUCGAAUGUUGCCAUGCAAAUCUCUGAGACCAGAGAAGAUUCCCAAUCAUGUAUUUGAGAUUGAUGAAGACUGUGAGAAGGAUGAGGACUCAUCUUCUUUAUGUUCUCAGAAAGGUGGUGUGAUAAAACAAGGCUGGUUGCAUAAAGCAAAUGUGAAUAGCACCAUCUCAGUUUCCAUGAAGGUAUUCAAGAGGCGGUAUUUUUACUUAACCCAGCUUCCUGAUGGCUCAUAUAUUCUUAAUUCCUAUAAAGAUGAAAAAAAUUCAAAAGAAUCUAAAGGUUGCAUCUACUUGGACGCCUGCAUUGACGUUGUUCAGUGCCCCAAAAUGCGCCGUCAUGGUUUUGAACUCAAGAUGUUAGAUAAGUAUAGCCAUUAUCUGGCUGCUGAAACUGAGCAGGAAAUGGAGGAAUGGUUGAUAACUUUGAAAAAGAUAAUUCAGAUCAAUACCGACAGUUUAGUGCAAGAGAAAAAGGAAACAGUAGAAACAGCACAAGAUGAUGAAACUGGCAGCCAAGGAAAAGCUGAGAACAUCAUGGCCAGCUUGGAGAGGAGCAUGCAUCCAGAGCUGAUGAAGUAUGGAAGAGAAACUGAACAGCUGAACAAACUCAGUAGAGGAGAUGGAAGACAGAAUCUCUUUUCUUUUGAUUCUGAAGUUCAGAGGUUGGACUUUUCAGGAAUUGAACCUGAUAUAAAGCCAUUUGAAGAAAAGUGCAACAAGCGUUUCCUCGUAAAUUGCCAUGAUUUAACUUUUAAUAUCUUGGGUCAAGUUGGAGACAAUGCAAAAGGACCACCCACAAAUGUUGAACCCUUUUUUAUCAACCUUGCUGUAUUUGAUGUAAAGAACAAUUGUAAGAUUUCAGCUGACUUCCACGUAGACUUAAAUCCCCCAUCUGUCCGUGAAAUGCUGUGGGGCACUUCAGCCCAACUGGCCAGUGAUGGAAACCCAAAAGGUUCUUCACCUGAGUCUUUCAUUCAUGGAAUUGCUGAAUCUCAGUUACGCUACGUAAAACAGGGCAUUUUCUCGGUGAUGAAUCCACAUCCUGAAAUUUUUCUGGUUGCACGUAUUGAAAAAGUACUACAGGGCAAUAUUACACACUGUGCCGAACCCUACAUCAAAAAUUCAGACCCAGUGAAGACGGCCCAGAAGGUACACAGGACAGCUAAGCAAGUGUGUAGCCGGCUUGGACAAUACAGAAUGCCCUUUGCUUGGGCUGCCAGACCUAUUUUCAAAGAUACUCAAGGCUCUCUGGAUCUGGAAGGGAAAGUUUCUCCUUUGUAUAAACAGGACAGUAGCAAGCUUUCUAAUGAAGAUAUUCUCAAGUUGCUCUCAGAAUACAAGAAGCCAGAGAAGACCAAAUUACAGAUUAUUCCUGGGCAGCUAAACAUCACGGUAGAAUGUGUUCCUGUGGAUUUAUCAAAUUGUAUUACUUCUUCAUACGUGCCCCUGAAGCCUUUUGAAAAGAAUUGUCAAAAUAUCACUGUGGAGGUUGAAGAGUUUGUUCCGGAAAUGACCAAAUAUUGUUCCCCAUUUACUGUUUACACAAACCAUCUGUAUGUAUAUCCCUUGCAAUUAAAAUACGAUAGCCAGAAAACAUUUGCCAAGGCCAGGAACAUUGCUGUCUGUGUGGAAUUCCGGGAUUCAGACGAAAGCGACGCUAGUGCGCUCAAGUGUAUUUAUGGAAAACCUGCAGGAUCUGUUUUUACCACAAACGCAUAUGCUGUUGUCUCGCAUCACAACCAAAAUCCAGAGUUCUACGAUGAGGUUAAGAUUGAGCUUCCCAUUUACCUUCAUCAGAAGCACCAUUUGCUUUUCACUUUCUAUCAUGUAAGUUGUGAAAUUAACACAAAGGGAACAACGAAAAAGCAGGACACAGUUGAAACUCCAGUUGGGUUUGCCUGGGUACCUUUGCUGAAGGAUGGUAGAAUCAUCACAUUUGAGCAGCAGCUGCCGGUUUCAGCCAAUCUUCCCCCAGGCUACUUGAAUCUGAAUGAUGCAGAAUCAAGAAGGCAAUCCAGUGUGGAUAUUAAGUGGGUAGAUGGUGCAAAGCCUUUGUUAAAGGUUAAAAGCCACUUAGAGUCUACCAUUUAUACUCAAGAUCUGCAUGUGCACAAAUUCUUCCAUCAUUGCCAGCUGAUUCAGUCAGGCUCUAAAGAAGUUCCAGGGGAGCUCAUUAAAUAUUUAAAGUGUUUGCAUGCCAUGGAGAUCCAAGUCAUGAUACAGUUUCUACCUGUAAUUCUUAUGCAACUCUUCCGAGUUCUCACAAAUAUGACCCAUGAAGACGAUGUCCCUAUCAACUGCACCAUGGUUCUCUUACAUAUUGUAUCAAAGUGCCAUGAAGAAGGCUUGGAUAACUAUUUAAGAUCCUUCAUAAAGUAUAGCUUUCGACCUGAAAAGCCAAGUGCUCCUCAGGCCCAGCUGAUACAUGAAACCCUGGCUACUACGAUGAUAGCAAUACUGAAGCAGUCUGCAGAUUUUUUAGCAAUAAACAAACUGCUAAAGUACUCGUGGUUUUUCUUUGAAAUUAUUGCAAAGUCUAUGGCCACAUACUUGUUGGAAGAGAAUAAAAUUAAGCUUCCCAGAGGCCAGAGAUUUCCCGAGGCAUAUCAUCAUGUCUUACAUUCACUGCUUCUUGCAAUCAUUCCCCAUGUGACUAUUCGGUAUGCGGAAAUUCCCGAUGAGUCCAGAAAUGUCAAUUAUAGUUUGGCUAGUUUUCUCAAGCGCUGUUUGACACUAAUGGAUAGAGGAUUUGUUUUCAAUCUGAUAAAUGAUUAUAUAUCUGGAUUCAGCCCCAAAGAUCCUAAGGUCCUGGCUGAAUACAAGUUUGAAUUUCUACAAACCAUUUGCAAUCAUGAACAUUAUAUUCCUCUAAACUUGCCAAUGGCAUUUGCAAAACCUAAACUUCAGCGAGUUCAAGAUUUUUUUUCAUUUGCGGUGGACCGUUUGACUUCAGUAGAUUCAAAUCUUGAAUACAGUUUAUCAGAUGAGUAUUGCAAGCAUCACUUCUUGGUUGGUCUACUUCUGAGGGAAACCUCCAUUGCUCUUCAAGACAAUUACGAGAUCAGAUACACAGCUAUCUCUGUCAUAAAGAAUCUUUUGAUAAAACAUGCGUUUGACACUAGAUACCAGCACAAGAACCAACAAGCCAAAAUAGCCCAAUUGUACCUCCCUUUUGUCGGACUGCUUUUGGAAAACAUACAGCGAUUAGCAGGUCGAGAUACCUUGUAUUCUUGUGCAGCCAUGCCUAGUUCUGCAUCCAGGGAUGAGUUUGCAUGUGGCUUUACUUCACCUACAAGUAGAGGAAGUCUAAGCGCUGACAAAGACACUGUUUAUGGAUCAUUUCAAAAUGGACAUGGAAUUAAGAGGGAAGAUUCAAGAGGUUCCCUCAUCCCAGAAGGAGCAACAGGAUUUCCUGAUCAGGGCAACACUGGCGAAAAUACCCGGCAGAGUUCUACAAGGAGUAGUGUAUCCCAGUAUAACAGGCUGGAUCAGUGUGAAAUCAGAAGCCUCCUGAUGUGCUACCUGUAUAUUAUAAAAAUGAUUUCAGAAGAUACUCUCUUAACUUACUGGAAUAAAGUAUCUCCUCAGGAGCUCAUAAACAUUCUCAUACUUCUAGAAGUAUGUUUGUUUCACUUCAGAUACAUGGGGAAAAGAAACAUAGCAAGGGUGCAUGAUGCCUGGCUGUCUAAACACUUAGGAAUAGACCGAAAAUCGCAAACCAUGCCGGCUCUUCGAAACAGAUCAGGAGUGAUGCAAGCUCGGCUUCAGCAUCUAAGUAGCCUGGAAAGUUCAUUUACGCUUAAUCACAGUUCUACAACAACUGAAGCAGACAUUUUCCACCAGGCACUUCUUGAAGGCAACACUGCUACUGAAGUUUCCCUCACAGUCCUGGAUACCAUAUCUUUUUUCACCCAGUGCUUCAAGACCCAGCUUUUAAACAAUGAUGGCCACAACCCAUUAAUGAAAAAAGUAUUUGAUAUUCAUCUUGCUUUUCUUAAAAAUGGACAGUCUGAAGUGUCGCUGAAACAUGUUUUUGCUUCACUGAGAGCUUUCAUCAGUAAGUUUCCCUCGGCCUUUUUCAAAGGAAGGGUAAACAUGUGUGCUGCAUUUUGCUAUGAGGUUUUAAAAUGCUGCACCUCGAAGAUUAGCUCAACUAGGAAUGAAGCAUCUGCACUUUUGUAUCUUUUGAUGAGAAACAACUUUGAGUAUACCAAAAGGAAAACCUUUUUGAGGACGCAUCUGCAGAUAAUAAUUGCUGUGAGCCAGCUGAUAGCUGAUGUAGCGCUCAGUGGAGGAUCAAGAUUUCAGGAGUCUUUAUUCAUUAUCAAUAAUUUUGCAAACAGUGACAGACCUAUGAAGGCAACUGCUUUUCCCACCGAAGUCAAAGAUUUGACCAAGAGAAUCCGUACUGUUCUUAUGGCCACUGCUCAAAUGAAGGAACACGAGAAAGACCCAGAAAUGCUAAUUGAUCUCCAGUAUAGCUUAGCCAAGUCCUAUGCAAGUACUCCAGAGCUCAGGAAAACCUGGCUUGACAGCAUGGCCAAGAUUCAUAUAAAAAACGGAGAUCUUUCAGAGGCUGCAAUGUGCUAUGUUCAUGUAGCAGCUCUGGUUGCAGAGUUUCUUCAUCGAAAAAAAUUAUUCCCUAAUGGAUGUUCAGCCUUCAAGAAAAUUACUCCCAAUAUAGAUGAAGAAGGGGCAAUGAAAGAAGAUGCUGGAAUGAUGGAUGUCCAUUAUAGUGAAGAGAUUUUGCUGGAGUUGUUAGAACAAUGUGUGGAUGGCUUAUGGAAGGCAGAACGUUACGAAGUCAUUUCUGAGAUUUCCAAGUUGAUCAUUCCAAUUUAUGAGAAACGUCGUGAGUUUGAGAAACUUACUCAAAUUUAUAGAACGCUUCAUGGAGCUUACACAAAAAUUCUGGAGGUUAUGCAAACCAAAAAAAGACUUUUAGGUACUUUCUUCAGAGUUGCCUUUUAUGGCCAAUCCUUUUUUGAAGAAGAGGAUGGAAAGGAGUACAUCUACAAAGAGCCGAAGCUUACCGGCCUCUCGGAGAUUUCCCUGAGACUUGUUAAACUUUAUGGUGAAAAAUUUGGUACGGAGAAUGUGAAAAUAAUUCAGGAUUCAGACAAGGUAAAUACCAAAGAACUUGAUCCAAAAUACGCUUAUAUCCAAGUUACUUACGUGAAGCCCUACUUUGAUGACAGAGAACUCACAGAAAGAAAGACCGAGUUUGAAAGAAAUCAUAAUAUCACCAGAUUUGUUUUUGAGGCUCCUUAUACUUUAUCAGGCAAAAAGCAAGGCUGUAUAGAAGAACAGUGCAAACGCCGUACAAUCUUGACUACUUCAAACUCGUUUCCCUACGUGAAGAAGAGGAUCCCUAUAAACUAUGAACAGCAGAUUAAUCUCAAACCAAUUGAUGUUGCUACUGACGAAAUAAAAGAUAAAACUGCAGAGCUGCAAAAGCUUUGCUCCUCUGCUGAUGUGGACAUGAUUCAGCUCCAACUCAAAUUGCAGGGCUGUGUUUCUGUGCAGGUCAAUGCUGGUCCAUUAGCAUAUGCAAGGACUUUCUUAAAUGACAGCCAAGCCAGCAAAUAUCCACCUAAAAAAGUGAAUGAGCUGAAAGACAUGUUUAGGAAAUUUAUACAAGCCUGCAGCAUUGCACUUGAACUAAAUGAGCGGCUAAUUAAAGAAGACCAAGUUGAGUACCAUGAAGGGCUAAAGUCAAAUUUCAGAGACAUGGUGAAAGAAUUGUCGGAUAUAAUCCAUGAGCAGAUAUUACAAGAAGACACCAUGCAUUCUCCCUGGAUGAGCAACACAUUACAUGUAUUUUGUGCAAUCAGUGGUACAUCAAGUGACAGAGGCUACGGAUCCCCGAGAUAUGCUGCUGAAGUGUGAAGACAUGCAGACGUAAAAUGACAACGAGACUGACCUUUCUCAGGAAUAUUCGGAGCUGUGCAAAUGUUAAAAUUUAAAGAUUCAUUAUUCAUGGAGUGUUCCGUCCACACACCAAAUUGUUCAUGCUUUCAAACAGGGUGCUUACAUAUUUGUAAAUAUUUAAGCAACUUGAAAGUGCCUGGAAAAUUGCACCACUGUGCUUGGUUUGUACUUUUUUAGGUAAAUCUAUAUACUGAAAAGUAGAGCUCAAACACAUUAAUUCAGUUCGUUUGCUUAAUGUUUGCUUCAAAUGAUGAUGGUACUAUGUAAAAUUGUAUAAUGGAACACAAUAAAAGGUAAAACUUAUUUGUAAUUAGAAGUGAAGGAAAAAAUACUUUGAACUUAGCAUUUUUAUUAUCAGGCUGAAUUCAGUAUCACACUAAUCCUUUGAAAAAAAUAUUGCUAACAUUCCCAUAAAACAUGGAUAUUUCAAAUCACAGUGAUAAGUUGAAUCCUUGACUAAAAAGCAACCAAAAGCAUUAUUUAACCAGUAGAAUUUCAAAAGGGAAUGACGUAUGUAGAAAUACCAAGCUUACAGUUCCUUGAAGUUGCGAUGUGAUGAUACUAGAUAAUUGACUUGGUCUGUCUUCCACAUAGAGAGAUGAGGGGUUCAUAUGUGGCGUAGGUUUCCCUAGCAGGCAGUAUUCAUUGCCAAAGCUUGAUCGGCUGGGGCGAUCCUUAGAGCUAAAAACAUUGCUGAGAAUUUGCUGCCAGUACAUCCUAUGCAGCUACAAAGUUUUAGCAGCAGGGUCUGAGGUAGGCACUGUAUAAGGCUUCUUUUCCUCAGUUACAGGGUAAACAAGCAUUUUGAUAGGAUCUGAUGGUUGCAGCAUGCCAUGGGACAGUGCACGUGACCAUAUGAAACAGAUUUAGCACCUGCCAGCUAGUGAUUAAGCACUGCGGCCGCUGACCUGCUAACCAAAAGGUCAGCAGUUCAAAUCCACCAGACGCUUCUUGGAAACCCUAUGGGGGCAGUUCUACUCUGUCCUGUAGGGUUGCUUUGAGUCGGAAUUGACUUGACAGCAAUGGGUUUAUUUAUUUAUUUAUUUGUUUUGAUUUAGCUAGGGAUUACAUUCUAUAAGAAACCUCACAUUACCGAAAUAAUUCAAGAAAAACCAAGGUGUGGCGAACUGUUUUUGGCUUGAAUUAUCCAUAUAAUUUUACAUGCCUUCAUGUAAACUUUAAGUUCUAGGCUUAUUUUCCUUAUGUAGUUUAACCUCUUUUGCUGAUGAAAAAACAGAAGCACUGAAAUAUAAAGGGAUUCCAUGGGUCCUUGGCUUUUUGAGUACUUUAUGAUCAUGUAAAUCUUAGACAUUAUUCUCCUGGCUUGAUCAUUUUUCUUUGCUUGUCCUUUUUAAGCUUUCGGGGGGGGGGCAAAAAUCAAUUUUGUAUCUUAACAGGAUAUUCAGAAGUAUUUCAGAGGCAGUUUGUAAUUCUUUAAUAUUUGGGAGUAACCUAUAAAGUGAGUUUCCCCUUUCAAAUGAUUAUAUUUGACAUGUAUAUGAAAGGAAACAUCUCCUAGAGUGAGUGCUGCCAUCUGAGAAUCAGUCAUCUUGGGGAAACCCCAGCGCUCUUUGGUCAAUAAGGAGUAUCAUACAUUUUUUUUUUUUAUCACUUCCCUCAGCAUAGUGUUACGCACUGUGGGUAAUUUUCGGAAAGUACAAUAAAUGGCCUCUGCCCUCAGGAGCUUGAAAUCUUGUUGAAGAGACAAGAUACACACACAAUUAGUUAAUAAGGGUUCAUAUAAGACAUGAAAAGUUGUGUAUGAGUAUUACCAAAUGAAAGGAUAUUCCAUGCAAGAAAAACAUAACGAGCAAAAGUACAAAAAGAAUUAGCAGAAGUUCAGGAGAUGGUGAGGAGACCAGUUUUGUUCAUGGGAAUAGUAGAUGAUCCACCUAGAAAACAGAGUUUGGAGCAGAUUUUGGAAGGCCUUGAAUGCUAAGCUAAUAGUGUUUGGACUUUGUUCAGUAAGCAUGAGAGAGCCAGUCAAGAUUUUUAUAGAUUACUUGAUUAAAUAUUCUCUUAUAUUGCUGCCAGUUGUAUGUGAGACAGAGAAAAAUGGAAAUGGAAACCAAUUAGACAGCUAUCGCAAUAAUCAAGUAACGAGUCCAUAAAAUCCUAGAGUCAGGUGAUAUGAACAGGAGUGGAGAAGGCAAGUACAAAAGACAUUGUACGGAAAGACUAGACAGGACUGAUUGAAUGGCUAAGGAGAAAAAAGGAAAAGUCAAACAUAAUUUUGUUUCCUGUGGCCAGUGAAUUUUCCAGGGCAUGGGACAAUUUCACUAGAUUUGUUUAGCCAACUUGCAGACUAAGGACAGCAAGCUAUGGAGAGUAGAGGGAGCUGGACUAGGGAGAGCCUGGUGUUUCUAACCAUUGCACAUAUUGGGUAUUACCAUUUAUAUAGUUUAGUGAUGUCAGGGAGUUGUUUGGCCUCCACAAAUUAAUUCACGUCAUGGAAUACAUUUCUGCUUUUGUAAUUAAACUUGAGCCCAGUUUCCCUUGGAAACUAUUGUUUUGAUAGUCUUUGAACAUACUGUAAAAUGUGACGAAAUCACAAUUGGUAGAGUUAGUUUAUGCAAAUUUUUUAAGUAACCAGUUGUCACCAAUUCUGUGGCAUCGUGUCUGCAGAUUGGAUUGUUACUGUUACCAUCACUAUAUGGUUUGGCUGCAUAUAUAAAUACUGUAAGCAUCUUUUUAAAAAUGAAAAGAAGGCAGCAGUGGUGGCAAUAGCUUUGGAACCUCUACUAACACAUCAUCAUAGAACUAGCAAUGACUCACUGGUUUAUAAACUAAAUAGGUCACAAUAAUAAGAAUCCAAGCUUUUUUUUAUAAACAUUGGUUUUAUCUGAGAUGAAGAAUAUGAGCAAUGUGUUAAAAUAAUAGGAAUUUCCAAACUCUUCCAAAUACUAAUAAUUAGAUACAUAUUUCAGGCUCUGAUCCACAAAAUGUCGGGCUACUUUCAGUCUCAGUCUUAUGGGAACAUAACCCUGCUUCAACUAUCAAAACACAAAGGGAAAGAAAUAGAAUAAAAGCUGGUUGGUGAUGGGGAGUGGGUUUGUGUAACAAGGCUAUUCCUCUGUCCUGGGUCUGGCCAGUAAUAGUAUUUUGUUUAUCUGGGUACAGUUAUAAUAAGUGCUUCUUCUAGUGCCUGACCACACAGUGGUCACUCUCUAGGAAAAGUAUCUGUAUCCAACUCCUGAUUGAAGAUGUGCCUAAGUUCUUCAAAGAGUUUGCCUCUGUGGAAUGGCAUUUUAAAACUUUCUCACAUGCUUUUAUUUUUUUUCCCUUCUGCUUUUCCUCCUUAUGAGAUACAGUUCACUCAUUUAAAGUAUACAAUUCAAUGGUUUUUAAUAUAUUCACAGAGUUGUGUGACCAUCACUACAGUCAAUUUUAGAUCAUUUCUAUCAUCUCAAAAGAACCCCCCCCCCACCCCCUGUAAGCAUUAAAAGUCACUCCAUGAUUGGAACUCUUAUACACUGCUGGUGGGAAUGUCAAAUGGUACAACCACUUUGGAAAUCUAUCUGGCGUUUCCUUAAAAAGUUAGAAAUAGAACUACCAUACAACCCAGAAAUCCCACUCCUCGGAAUAUAUCCUAGAGAAAUAAGAGCCUUUACACGAACAGAUAUAUGCACACCCAUGUUUAUUGCAGCUCUGUUUACAAUAUCAAAAAGCUGGAAGCAACCAAGGUGUCCAUCAACGGAUGAAUGGGUAAAUAAAUUGUGGUAUAUUCGCACAAUGGAAUACUACGCAUCGAUAAAGAACAGUGACGAAUCUGUGAAACACUUCAUAACAUGGAGGAACCCGGAAGGCAUUAUGCUGAGCGAAAUCAGUCAGAGGCAAAAGGACAAAUAUUGUAUAAGACCACUAUUAUAAGAUCUUGAGAAAUAGUAUAAACUGAGAAGAACACAUACUUUU